CUUCUUCUUCUUAAAGACUAUUUUACCUUCUGGGGUAGGAGCACCUGAAGUAUUUCUGUGAUUUGUAUUUCUUUUUGGUUCUUUCCUGAACAUCUCAACAAACAUCAAAUAUUACUCUGUUGUUUAAACUGGCAUCUCCAGAUUGCCUUGGGUGCUUCUACCCCAGGGGUAUCUGUGACUGCAGCCAAGACUCUGAGAUCGCCUCUCCAAGUUUGAGGGAGUUGAUGGCCGAAUAUACCAUCGAAUUUGCUGCCAUCGUGUUGGAGGAGGAACGUUUCUGGAUGGUUCUUUUUUGUAACCGUUCAAGAAUGCGUGCCGGUCCAGAAACACGAACCCGAAUCAGAAAUCCCCCACCCAGAAUCAUCAUUGUGUGUCCUGCUGACUUCAGUAAGCUCUGGAAGUCCAGCACCGGCCAGGUGAAGAUUUCUUCCAAACCUCUGGAGAACUGCGGCUCUUCUGUGACAACUAUAGUCCGAAACUGUCCAUCUGUAGAGUGGUGCAAUACCAGCGAGGGACUUCAAAGCAUUUGUUAUAUUAAAAACAUAUGGGCUGAUGCUCUCCACUAUCUUCACACAGUCCAACAUAUCCUCACUACGCCCCACAGUCAUGUGUACCCUUCCCUUUCACUGGAUGUUGUGUCCCCCCCUCUAAUCUCUGGCCCCACACUUCCUGCAGCUGUGCCCCUCAUAUGUUUCCAGAGACUCAAUCUCUCUUCAUUACACCCAUCAAUAGAGAACUUGGUAAUACGAGAUGCUAAUGGUGAAUUCAAAUUUAGCGAGGAUUAUAAUAACAUGAAUAUUCUUAAGAUAAUUCUUCAGAUUAUUAAGAAGCAUUCUCCUGAUUUAUCUGUUCGUUAUUCUGACCAUCUUUCAUUAUUAUUCCCUGUAAAUAAAACUCUGUCAAAUACAAUUUCAGACGAUAUAAGAGAACGUAAUGAAAAUAAAGAUAAAAUAGGUUUAAAAAAUCAAUCUGCAUUUGUUUCUGUAGAAUAUAAAGAUGGUACAAGGAAACAAUUUAAAGCCCAUAAACCGCAAAGGAAGCAUAUAUGUGAUAAGAAAUACAAAAUGCAUCAUAGUGAAAUAGAAUGUAUGCGUGAAAUAGAAAAAGAAAUAUCUCGCAAUAGAAAUAAAAUUAAGCUAAUUGAUCUUGUUUCAAUUCUAUUCUUCUGUGAUGAUUGUGUUUUCCGUUUGGCUAAAUUAUGUGAUUCACAUCCCAUACCUUUCAGAAAUAGUUUUUUUAAAAUAUAUAAAGAUAAUAGUAUUGUGAAAAAGAUUAAGCGUGACCUAAAAGAAUUAGAGAAUGAUCCUGCAUAUGUGAGUAUGUUACAUGCACUUAAAACUAAAGUAAAGCUUGAACACAGUAAGUCAGAGUUUACAGCUUUCCCCAACAAAAGCAUGAAGAAACAAUUCACUAAAUCAAUAAAAACAGCGAUACCAGGCGAGAACAAAGGUUUGUUUAAUAUAGAUUGUAGUAUUAAUUAUCCCAGUAAUGUAAAUAUAGAUGAGUACAGGAGCUGUGGGCAACGGGAGGCAGAUAAAUUUGCGGAAUAUAUGAGGAACAAGGGAGUUAGUGAUGAGAAUUGUAAAAUACUUUUUUGUAAGAUGUGGAAUGAACAAGUUGAAAAUGAAUUUGACAAGUUUAUAGAUGACAAGAUCAUGGAUUACUUUAUUGUGGUUUUUAAUAAAUUAACUGUGGAAAGUAUUAAAGCCCAAAAUCAUCAUUUUAAUAUACAUAGGAUAGAGGAAGUGUAG